CGUUUUCUAUAGCUGUCACAGGAGCUAUGCGAGGAAUUCGUCUUGCGAGACUUAUAUAUAUCUGUCACGUUUCAUUCUCGUGUUAUUCGUAAACUAACCAUUCUACAGGUGAAAAAGGCAAUAAUAUUAAGUAUUUCAUAUUAUUAUUGUUUUAAAAGUUUGUUUCUAUCAGCAUUUGUUAUUGAUACUAGUCAAAAGAUACAUCGUUCUCUUCAAUUUUGUAUUCUACUUUAAUUAAUCGUAUUUGACAUAUAUUGCAAAUGAAAGAAUCCCAAAAGGUCUAAAUCGAAAAGAGUCAAUAUUUUCGGUACUUAUUUCGGUAUAGACACCGAUACCGGUACAUACCUAGUCAACAAUGUAAAUAAUGAGAAAAAUGUUUUCACGAGAUUUCCGAAUUUUUCUCAGAUCGGCCUGAAGCCCACAUUGGACGCUGAGAUAUACUUCACUCCGACUGUAUGAUUUUUUUGUUGAUAGAAUGGGAAAAAUCUCUCGGUUGUUUCAGUUUCGCUUUUCGCUUACUAAAUAAAAGUAUCUUCUCUUACAAAACAUUUUUGAUAUUUUAUUUUUUUUAUUCAAAACGAUAACUACUGUAUCUCCUCAUUCAGAAGCAAACGACGAAAAUUUUUUCUUCUAGUUACAUAUCGAAGCACUUGAGUGACAACAUAUACAGGAUUGGGACUGUUUGUCCUCAUUUAGAACAGGUGAUUUCUCUUUAGUUGCAUCUAGUUGGAAAUCGCCUUGCAGUAGAUGCAUCGCCCGAUUUUAACGAUAGGAUGGAAUGAAAUUGACUUACAUCGGUGUUCAAGUAGAUGAAUCGAGGGAUAUAUCCCACGAUGCAUCGCCCAAUACAUUGUACGAUGUAUCGGCACCUUCAUUGGGCGACUUCAUGCGUGUCUGACCUGCAGCCGAUAUCCAACUAGAUUCAUCUUCCGAUAUAUUGCCCGAUGAAUUGGGUUAAAAACGUUACUAGAUACAUAACUAGUUAUAUCUAGAAAAGAAUCGGCUGUAUCUAGAUGUACCCGAUUCAACUAUUUCUCUUUUUUACGCAUCUAGAUGUAUCGCGUUUUGUAUCUAGUACAUCUAGCUGCAUCGGGUGAUACCCGAUACAUUUUUCAUGCUUGGGAUGGCAUUAAACACACAUCGAAACCAUGUGUACUAUAAUGAAAUACACAUAUUAACAUUUGUUACUUCAAAUGUGAUAUUUUUAUGUAUAUAAACCAUCUACUCACUGGAAGUAUGCUGACUGAAAAAAACAAUGAAACUAAUUUUCUUCGUAUUCUUUCUUAGUAUAUGUAUCAGGGAAAUAUAUUGUCGCUAUGAUCGCAAACAUCAUCACAGUUAUCUGAAAUCGAAGAAUCCAACAUCACCGCCAUCUUCGCCGCUUAUAAGUGGUUCAUCCAGCAAUUUGACAUUUGAUUUUGUUCGAGGAAACGUUGGUGUUGGGAACGUUCCAUACGGUCGACUUGUUGCUGCAAAUGCUGAAACAUUUCCAGUAUUAGAUGGUCGUAAUUUGGCUAUGGCAUAUGUACAUUAUGAACCAUGCCAACUAUUUGUACCACAUUCGCAUCCAUUUGGCGAUGAAUUGUUUUAUGUUGCGAAGGGCAAAACAAUGAGAGCGUCAUUUGUUGAUAUUAUAAGUGGGAAGUUGAUCGUAACUGAGAUUGGAGAAGGUCAAGUUUCAUUCAUUCCACGUGCUUCUAUUCAUUAUCAACAAAAUUUAGACUGUAAACCAGCCCUGGUUCUAUCGUUCUUCAAUAGUGGGGAUCCGGGUGCGAUGGUGACAUUUCAAAGUUCAUUUCCAAAUAUACCCUAUGAUGUAAUCAAAGAAAGUUUAGGAGGAGGGAAAAUGGUGAAUGAACAAUUAAUUGAACACAUCAAAGCAAAAGUAUCGACGUUAUUAGCAGUAGAAGACA